AGAAGUCAUCAACUACAGAGAGCGGGUCUUCGUGCGAUAUUUUGCUGUCGUUGGUUUACCUGCUCUCCACUCCUCUUUUCCAUUUGGACGGCUCUCUCAUCUCUCUCUCUCUCUCUCUGUCUCUCUGAAGCACUUGUUCAUGGCUCUGUCUGCUUCUCUUUUCCUUCACAUUUCGUUCCAACUUCAAUGGUUUUGCUCCAUCUGAGCUAUCUGGGCUGCACUCUUUCCUUUCUUGGUGACAAAAGAGGCAGACCCAUAUUGGAGUUGUCCUUGAAUUCCUCCGGAUCAUUGAGAUUGGGAGGUGUUUCUGGAGUGAUUUUCCUUCAAAGGGGUAAUGCUUUGAGACGUGGGUUCUGCUUUAAAGAGUGAGUGCCGCAUCACCUUGGGCUGUACAGAUCUAUCUGCUGGUUGUCUUGGGCGUGCGCUUUCUCCCCGCCUUUUCUUUGUAGCUGGUUGAGAUAUAGGAGCAAAGGGUGUGGGAAUCUUUGGUUAUUAGGCUGGAAAAGACUAUUCUUUGCGGGCAUGCGGAGACAGUCUGCUGUGCAACAGUGAGCUCAGGAUGGAUGUGCUUCAGUUUGCUGCUUCCAGUUCGUUCUGUGUGAAUCUGAAGGUGAACGGGUGGAUUGGCGGAUUAGUCCCUGAUUUGAGCUGUCAAUGGAGGAGGUACUUUCCAAGAUGGUGGUGAAAAGCUAGCAGAUUAAGCCACAAUUGGACCACGAGUUCGACACCCGCUCUGUGUGAGCUUCUUCCCGGUAGUUUGUGACGGAUUCGACUAGGGAAAACGGGGAGUGUGGCUGUUUGGCUGGUUUGGAGUGCUUUCUGAACAUCAUCAGGGCGCUGAAAGGGGGCUCCUGCUUGCCGGCAGAAAGCAGGAGCCCCGUCCCUGGCUCUCCGACGACAACUAGGAAAUCCUCUAAGAAAGGACCUGAUGAACCAUUGCACAAGGUUCCGGGGAGGAUGUUCUUGAACGGUUCCAGCGAGGUCGCCUCUCUGUUUACUGUUCAAGGAAAGAAAGGGACCAACCAGGAUGCCAUGAUUGUCUGGGAGAACUUUGGGUCCAGGACAGACACGAUAUUUUGUGGUGUCUUUGAUGGACACGGUCCAUAUGGUCAUUUGGUGGCAAAGAGAGUCAGGGACUCUCUUCCACUGAAAGUGCGUGCUCACUGGAGAGUCAAUCUAAACAGUGAAGAUGUCAGAGAGAUCAGCAUCAUCACAACGGAAAGCAUGUCUCCUGGAGAGACUGCCCUUGUAUCUGCCGGUGAAGAGACAAGGACCUCCGCGGAGCUCGAGGAAACGGAAAAGCAGGUGGAGAUCUUCCAAACGCUGAAAGAAUCAUUUUUGAAGGCUUUUAAAGUCAUGGAUAGAGAACUCAGAAUGCAGAGGAAAAUCGAUUGCUUCUGCAGUGGCACUACAGCAGUUACAUUAGUCAAACGGGGUCAUUAUGUUGUCAUCGGAAAUGUGGGAGACUCCAGAGCUGUCCUGGGUACACGAGAUAAAGAUGGUUCUCUUAUUGCAGUUCAGUUGACUGUGGAUCUAAAACCCAGCAUUCCAGCGGAAGCAGAAAGGAUUCGCAAAUGCAGGGGGAGAGUUUUUGCACUUCAGGAUGAACCAGAAGUUGCCAGGGUUUGGUUGCCAAACAAUAACUCUCCUGGCCUCGCAAUGGCUCGGGCUUUUGGAGAUUUCUGCCUUAAAAAUUUUGGUCUAAUCUCUGUGCCUGAUUUGUCAUGUCUCUGCCUAAGUGAGAAAGAUGAAUUUAUUGUCUUGGCUUCUGACGGGAUCUGGGAUGUGCUAUCGAACAAGGAAGUGGUAGAAAUUAUAGCAUCAGCCCCUGCACGUUCCUCUGCAUCAAGAGCACUGGUUGAGUAUGCUGUUAGAGCUUGGAGGCACAAGUACCCUUCUUCAAAAGUCGAUGACUGCGCUGCUGUCUGCCUCUUCCUUGACAUGAGCAACUCAUCUGCUGCUUCCAGCACAAAGUCCCACAAUCAGCUCGCUUCUGUGGAUGAUCAAUCUGAGAUGUUCAGCGAGAAAGAUCUGCUGAUCUCAAGACCCAUCCAAAAUGACUCGGAGAUCACGACUGAAGAAAGCAAUGAAGAUGCGGCAAAGCUGGAAGAAAUGCAGUCAGAAUCAGAAACGGACUGGUCUGCCCUAGAAGGAGUGUCUCGUGUGAACACUCUAGUAAAUCUUCCCAGGUUUGUGCCAGGGAGGGAGGACAAAAGGAAGGAUGCUGGAGAGAAGAGCCAUAUGUAAAGCGCAAGGAAUGUGUGCACAUGUGCUUUUUGUUGACUUAAGUUUCAUCUGAAUAAACUCUGCAAUCUUUUUUUGUUCUUUUUAGUCACAGAGAUGAUUACUGGGAGGUCCAUGGUAGUUGUUAAUUUGUUCCUGGGAGGUGGCCCGGGCUGUAUUAGAAUGUCUGGGGGAUUUUCUCUCUCUGGUGUAUACUCCACCUCAAUUUUUGUAACAUCCACGGUGUCAAUAGUCAUUCUUUGAGAAUUAUGUAUUAUAAUGGUUAAUAUGAA